CUACAAGCUCUUUGGAAUCACCCUGCCGGACCCAAAACCACGGUCGCAUGCACUGGAGUUGUCUGGUCACGAUACAGCACUGUGAUCACUCCUAAAAACUGGAUAAUUCGAACUGGGGACCUUUAGUGUGUAAGACUAACGUGAUAAUCACUACACCACAGCAACUAAAUGUUCCACAUCUGCUUCAGCGACGAUGAAUACAGUUCGGAGGUUGUCGGCUAUUCUGAUGCAAAGAGCAGUGAUAAGCAGAUUUUACUAUACGAACAGGGUGAAGAAGACGACGCUAUACUCCAGAAUCAGUCUUUUUGGGAACCCUAAAGCAAGCGUCUUGCCGGAACUUCAAAGCUGGGUACAAUCCGGGAAGAAGGUAUCUGUUGCUGAGCUUAUUCGUAUAGUUCACGAUCUUCGUCGGCGCAAACGCUUCAACCACGCUCUCCAGGUUUCGAAAUGGAUGAACGAUACGGGUGUAUGCGUUUUCUCUCCGACCGAGCACGCGGUGCAUUUGGAUCUCAUCGGCAGAGUUCAUGGAUUUGUCACUGCGGAAGAGUAUUUCAACUGUCUCAAUGAACAGUACAAGACUGAGAAGACGUAUGGAGCUCUUCUGAACUGCUAUGUCAGGCAACAGGACAUCGACAAGUCCCUGUUCCAUUUUCAGAGGAUGAAGGAGAUGGGCAUCACACUGUCUUCUCUUACUUACAACAACAUCAUGUGCCUUUACACCAAAACCUCCCAACAUGACAAGGUUCCUACCGUUCUAAAUGAGAUGAAGCUGGACAAUGUGGCUCCAGAUAAUUACAGCUUCAGAAUCUGCAUCAAUGCCUAUGGUGUUAUGUCUGAUCUCGAAGGAAUCGAGAGAACUUUGCGAGAAAUGGAGAACCAUCACGGUAUUAUCAUGGAUUGGAACACCUAUGCUGUAGCUGCCCAUUUCUACAUCAAAGCUGGUAAUGCUGACAGAGCUUCUGAACUUCUGAAGAAGUCGGAAGAGAGGCUGGAGAACAAAGAUGGUACUGGCUACAACCAUCUCAUCUCUCUCUACGCAAGCCGAGGAGAGAAGACUGAGGUGUUAAGGUUAUGGGAUUUGGAAAAAGAAGCGUGUAAGAGACACAUAAACCAGGACUACAUUGUCAUGUUGCAGUCGCUUGUGAAGCUCGACGGCCUGGAAGAAGCGGAGAAAGUACUCGAGGAGUGGGAAUCAUCUGGAAACUGCUACGAUUUUCGUGUCCCUAGAAUUUUGAUACGUGGGUAUGCUGCAAAAGGGUUGAACGAUAAGGCGGAAGAAGUUCUUGAGGAUCUAUCGGGGAAAGGCAAAGCUACUACACCGGAUUCUUGGGGCAUUCUGGCUGAUAAUUAUGCUGCGAAGGUUGAGCUAGAUAAAGCUUUCAGAUGCAUGAAAUCUGCUCUCAGUGUCCAAGGAAAGAACAGGAAAUGGAGGCCCGGGUCGAAGCUCGUCACGAGCGUUUUGAGUUGGCUUGGCGUUGAAGGGAACUUCAAAGAAGUCGAAAGCUUUGUUGAAUCACUCAAGACUUCCAUUGGCGUGAACAGAGAAAUGUACAGUGCUUUGAUCAGGGCAGAUGUAAGAGAAGGUGGAAAGAAUACAGAUACUCUACUGAAGCAGAUGGAAGAAGAUAAAGUUGAUGCUGAUGAAGAAACCAUGAGGAUUCUCAGCACAAGAAGACUCAGCUAAUGAAUGCUUAUAUACUCUUCUUUCAUGUUUGAUUUGAGCGAAAUUGUCUUUCAUGCACUGAACAUCCAUAGUUAUUGACACAUCAAUGAGAUAUGAUCACAACGGUGGCCAUUUUGGUUUUCGGUUUAGGUUCGGUUCGAUUA